GCAGCGAGCGAAGAUCGGCAAAAGACCGAGAGCUCGCGUGAGACCGCUUCGCGAGAGCCAUCGCCAGAGUUGCAGGCCAUGCCGGUCCCUGCUGGAGCUUGCCAAGGGCCCGGCAAGCAGCGGUUGAGGGGCCAGCCGCGACAAAGCUCCCCCGGGCAGGCAGUGACCUCGCCGACUCAAGCGCGGCGAGAGCAGCAGCAGCUAAAGGUCCGCCUCCCUGGAAGCGGCAGUGAUCGGAAACGACCCCCUGACAUAAGCAAGGCGGAUGCUGAGCAGCUGUUCAAGAAUUGGGACGUCUUCAACACCGAGGUCAUGUCCCAGUUCACUGCGCUGUGGAAAACCCUGGGCCAGCUUCAGGAAGAGGCUCUGCGGGAGCGCAGGGAGAAGGAAGAGCUGAGGCAGGAGAAUCGCCAGCUUCAACGACGUCUUGACAAGCUCAGUCAAGAUGCUGUUCCGCUUUGCCGACCUCCUCCACCGGGGACGUGCGCUGGCCCGCUUGAGGAUGGAUCCAUGAGCUUUGCUCCGGCUGGCUCGGGUGCAAGCAGCGUGCCCGUGGAGGCUGUGCAGCCGAUUGUCGCGCCAAGCCCGCCCAAGUCUCUGAUGACCUCCUUCCGCCAGGUUGCGCCAGUGCGGCCUCCCGUGCCGCAGCAGCCAAGGCAAUCUCUGCCUGCACAGUUGGAGAGCCAUGUUCCAAGGCCUAUGACUCCUCUGGUAGAUCACCCUUUUGCUCGGGUGAGCGCCACGAUGGCUCGAAGCGCCUACUUGCCUCCAGGAGCACGGCCGCUUCAGGUUGCUACUCCAGUCCCUCCGUUGCCAGAGCGUCGGGUUGGCAGCGCGACCAUUGUCGUUGGCCCACCACUCGCUCGCCAUACCCUGUAUCCGGCGACGAAUUGGCAUGUGGCGUGA